AUGCAACUAGUGGCAGAGCCAGGCCUAGAAGCCAGGUGUCCUGGCUCUCACGACAUUCCGCUGCCCGAGGAAUGGAACAGGGAUUUAGUGCAAGAAGAAGAACAGUUGAUGGAAGAAAAGAAAAAGAAAAAAGACGACAAGAAAAAGAAGGAAGCUGCUCAAAAGAAGGCCACUGAACAAAAAAUCAAAGUGCCAGAACAGAUAAAGCCCAGUGUAAGCCAGCCUCAGCCUGCCAACUCUAAUAACGGCACUUCCACAGCAACCAGCACUAAUAAUAAUGCCAAGCGAGCCACAGCCAACAAUCCGCAGCAGCCGCAGCCGCCGCAGCAGCCGCCACAGCCGCCACAGCAGCCGCAGCAGCCGCAGCCGCAGCCGCAGCCACCACAGGCCUUGCCUCGGUAUCCUCGAGAAGUACCACCACGAUUUCGCCACCAGGAACACAAACAGCUUCUAAAGAGGGGUCAGCAUUUUCCUGUCAUAGCAGCAAACCUGGGAUCUGCUGUUAAAGUGUUAAGCAGCCAGUCAGAAAGCAGUGCUUUAACAAAUCAACAGCCACAAAAUAACGGAGAGGUGCAGAACAGCAAAAACCAGUCAGAUCUAAACCACAAUACUUCAGGAUCCCAUUAUGAAAAUUCGCAGCGGGGACCUGUGUCUUCUCCGAGUGACUCUAGCACAAAUUGUAAGAAUGCUGUUGUGAACGACUCCCCUGAGAAAGAAGUAUGGCCCUCAGUCCCUGGCAGUGAUCCAGAGUUGGCUUCAGAAUGUAUGGAUGCUGAUUCUGUCUCCAGUUCUGAAUCAGAGAGAAACAUCACUAUCAUGGCUUCAGGGAACACAGGUGGUGAAAAAGAUGGCCUUCGGAAUAGCACUGGACUUGGUUCCCAAAACAAGUUUGUGGUUGGUAGCAGCAGCAAUAAUGUGGGCCAUGGAGGUAGUACUGGGCCAUGGGGUUUUUCCCAUGGAGCCAUAAUAAGCACAUGUCAGGUCUCUGUGGAUGCUCCUGAAAGCAAAUCAGAAAGUAGCAACAAUAGAAUGAAUGCUUGGGGCACUGUAAGUUCUUCAUCAAAUGGAGGGUUAAAUCCAAGCACUUUGAAUCCAGCUAGCAACCAUGGUGCCUGGCCAGUAUUAGAAAACAACGGACUUGCCCUAAAAGGGCCUGUAGGGAGCGGUAGUUCCGGCAUCAAUAUUCAGUGCAGUACCAUAGGCCAGAUGCCUAACAAUCAGAGUAUUAACUCUAAAGUGGGUGGUUCUGCCACCCAUGGUACCUGGGGAAGCCUUCAGGAAACUUGUGAAUCUGAAGUAAGUGGUACACAGAAGGUUUCAUUCAGUGGUCAACCUCAGAAUAUUACCACUGAAAUGACUGGACCAAAUAACACUACUAACUUUAUGACCUCUAGUUUACCAAACUCCGGUUCAGUACAGAAUAAUGAACUGCCUAGUAAUACAGGGGCCUGGCGUGUGAGCACAAUGAAUCCUCCUCAGAUACAGGCUCCGUCAGUUAUGAAUGGCACUUCCCUUUCUCACCUUAGCAAUGGAGAGUCAAAAAGUGGAGGCUCUUACGGUACUACGUGGGGUGCCUAUGGUUCUAAUUACUCUGGAGACAAAUGUUCGAGCCCUAACGGCCAAGCUAAUGGUGACACUGUGAAUGCAACUCUAAUGCAGCCUGGCAUGAAUGGGCCUGUGGGCACUAACUUUCAAGUUAACGCAAAUAAAGGAGGAGGCGUGUGGGAGUCCGGGGCAGCGGGUUCCCAGAGUGCGUCAUGGGGAAGCGGGAAUGGCGCCAGUUCUGGAGGAAGUCGAAGAGGGUGGGGAGCUCCCGCACAAAACACUGGCACUAAUCUACCCGGCGCGGAGUGGAGCAAACUGCCUAGCAAUCAGCAUUCCAAUGACAGUGCAAACGGCAAUGGUAAGAAGUUUACAAACGGAUGGAAAUCUACUGAGGAAGAGGAUCAGGGUGCUGCCACAUCCCAGACAAACGAGCAGAACAGCGUGUGGGCCAAAACAGGAGGAACAGUGGAGAGUGAAGGUAGUACAGAAAGCACUGGACGCCUCGAGGAAAAAGCAACUGGGGAAAGUCAGAGUAGAGAUAGGAGGAAAAUUGAUCAGCACACAUUACUCCAAAGCAUCGUGAACAGGACUGACUUGGAUCCACGUGUCCUCUCCAACUCUGGUUGGGGACAGACUCCGAUUAAGCAGAAUACUGCCUGGGACACCGAAACUUCACCUAGAGGGGAAAGAAAGACUGACAAUGGGACAGAGGCCUGGGGAAGCUCUGCCACACAGACUUUUAACUCAGGGGCGUGUGUAGAUAAGACUAGCCCUACUAGUAACGAUACCUCAUCUGUAUCGGGGUGGGGAGAUCCCAAACCUGCUCUGCGGUGGGGAGAUUCCAAAGGCUCGAACUGCCAGGGGGGAUGGGAAGAUGAUUCUGCUGCUACAGGAACGGUCAAGAGCAAUCAGUGGGGGAACUGCAAAGAAGAGAAGUCCACGUGGAAUGAUUCGCAAAAGAGCAAACAGGGGUGGGGUGAUGGGCAAAAAUCAAACCAAGGGUGGGCCGUGUCCGCCAGCGAUAACUGGGGAGAAACUUCGAGGAGUAACCAUUGGGGUGAGGCUAAUAAGAAAUCUAGCUCAGGAGGUAGUGACAGUGACCGGUCCGUUUCCGGUUGGAACGAACUUGGUAAAACUAGUUCUUUUACUUGGGGAAAUAACAUAAAUCCAAAUAAUUCAUCAGGAUGGGAUGAAUCUUCUAAACCUAAUCCUUCCCAGGGAUGGGGAGAUCCUCCAAAGUCUAAUCAGUCUCUAGGUUGGGGAGAUUCGUCGAAGCCAGUCGGUUCUCCAGACUGGAACAAGCCACAAGACCUUGUCGGAUCCUGGGGGAUCCCGCCAGCUACAGGCAAACCUCCCGGUACAGGCUGGCUGGGAGGACCUAUACCAGCCCCGACAAAGGAAGAAGAGCCCACAGGCUGGGAGGAACCAUCUCCGGAAUCCAUACGUCGCAAAAUGGAGAUUGAUGACGGAACUUCAGCUUGGGGAGACCCAAGCAAGUACAACUACAAAAAUGUGAACAUGUGGAACAGAAACGUCCCGAACGGCAGCGGCCGUUCAGACCAGCAAGCACAGGUCCAGCAGCUGCUCCCGUCUGCAAGUGCCAUCUCCAGCAAAGAGGCGGGCGGCGGCUCCGGCUGGGGUGAGCCCUGGGGGGAGCCUUCUACUCCAGCCACAACUGUGGAUAAUGGUACUUCAGCAUGGGGUAAACCCAUAGACAGUGGUCCCAGCUGGGGGGAGCCCGUUGCUGCGGCAUCCAGCACGUCCACGUGGGGCUCCAGCUCUGUUGGUCCUCAAGCGUUAAGCAAAUCUGGGCCAAAAUCUAUGCAAGAUGGCUGGUGUGGUGAUGAUAUGCCAUUGCCUGGAAAUCGCCCCACUGGCUGGGAAGAGGAAGAGGAUGUAGAGAUUGGAAUGUGGAAUAGUAAUUCAUCUCAAGAGCUUAACUCAUCUUUAAAUUGGCCACCAUAUACAAAGAAAAUGUCAUCGAAGGGUCUGAGUGGCAAAAAAAGGAGAAGGGAAAGGGGAACCAUGAAAGGUGGAAACAAACAAGAAGAAGCGUGGAUAAAUCCAUUCGUUAAACAGUUUUCAAAUAUCAGUUUUUCGAGAGACUCACCAGAAGAAAACGUACAGAGCAAUAAGAUGGACCUUUCUGGAGGAAUGUUACAAGACAAACGAAUGGACAUAGAUAAACAUAGCCUAAAUAUUGGUGAUUACAAUCGAACGGUCGGGAAAGGCCCUGGUUCUCGGCCUCAGAUUUCCAAAGAGUCUUCCAUGGAGCGCAGUCCUUAUUUUGAUAAGAAUGGCAAUCCCAGUAUGUUCGGUGUUGGAAACACAGCAGCACAAGCCCGGGGCCUGCAGCAGCCUCCAGCACAACCUCUUAGUUCAUCUCAGCCUAAUCUCCGUGCUCAAGUGCCUCCUCCAUUACUCUCCCCUCAGGUUCCAGUUUCAUUGCUGAAGUAUGCACCAAACAACGGUGGCCUGAAUCCGCUCUUUGGCCCUCAACAGGUAGCCAUGCUGAACCAGCUAUCCCAACUAAACCAGCUUUCUCAGAUCUCCCAGUUACAGCGAUUGUUAGCGCAGCAGCAAAGGGCGCAGAGUCAGAGAAGCGUGCCUUCUGGGAACCGGCAGCAGCAAGACCAGCAGGGUCGACCUCUUAGUGUGCAGCAGCAAAUGAUGCAGCAGUCUCGCCAACUGGACCCCAACCUGUUGGUGAAGCAACAGACCCCGCCAGCUCAGCAGCAGCCACUCCAUCAGCCAGCCAUGAAACCUUUCCUCGAGAACGUCAUGCCCCACACUACACCCGAGCUGCAGAAAGGGCCGUCACCAAUAAAUGCUUUCAGCAACUUCCCUAUAGGCUUGAACUCAAACUUGAAUGUAAAUAUGGAUAUGAACAGUAUUAAAGAGCCACAGUCAAGACUAAGGAAGUGGACUACAGUGGACAGCAUUUCUGUGAACACAUCUUUGGAUCAAAACUCCAGCAAACAUGGUGCUAUUUCAAGUGGUUUCAGGCUGGAAGAGUCUCCGUUUGUUCCCUAUGACUUUAUGAACAGCAGUACUUCUCCAGCCAGUCCUCCAGGUUCAAUAGGAGACGGCUGGCCACGUGCCAAAUCGCCUAACGGCUCUAGCAGUGUUAAUUGGCCACCAGAAUUUCGCCCUGGUGAACCAUGGAAAGGUUAUCCAAACAUCGACCCUGAAACUGACCCUUACGUCACUCCUGGCAGUGUCAUAAACAAUCUUUCAAUUAAUACUGUGCGGGAAGUUGACCACCUCAGGGACAGGAACAGUGGGUCAUCCUCAUCCUUGAACACCACGCUGCCUUCAACUAGUGCCUGGUCAUCCAUUCGUGCCUCCAACUACAACGUUCCCCUCAGCAGUACAGCACAAAGCACUUCAGCCAGAAAUAGUGAUUCCAAAUUGACAUGGUCUCCUGGUUCAGUUACAAACACCUCUCUGGCUCAUGAGCUGUGGAAGGUCCCUUUACCACCUAAAAACAUCACUGCUCCGUCCCGCCCACCUCCGGGACUGACUGGUCAGAAGCCACCCUUGUCUACGUGGGAUAACUCUCCCCUUCGUGUAGGUGGAGGAUGGGGAAAUUCUGACGCCAGGUAUACCCCAGGUAAGAUGGAGGAGAUGUGCAGGAUCGAUGGCUCAACUCUGCGUACUCUGUGCAUGCAGCACGGCCCACUGAUAACAUUCCACCUGAACCUCCCACAUGGAAAUGCUCUGGUCCGUUACAGCUCAAAAGAAGAGGUAGUGAAGGCACAGAAGUCUCUGCACAUGUGUGUAUUGGGGAACACUACUAUUCUUGCUGAGUUUGCCAGUGAAGAGGAGAUCAGCCGUUUCUUUGCACAAAGUCAGUCUCUGACCCCUUCUCCUGGCUGGCAGUCUCUUGGGUCCAGCCAGAGCCGGCUGGGCUCCCUCGACUGUUCGCACUCGUUCUCCAGCCGGACCGAUCUCAAUCACUGGAAUGGUGCUGGGCUGUCGGGAACGAGCUGUGGAGACCUUCACGGCACUUCACUCUGGGGGGCCCCCCAUUAUUCCACAAGCCUGUGGGGGCCUCCCAGCAGCAGCGACCCCCGGGGAAUGAGCAGCCCGUCCCCCAUUAAUGCUUUUCUUUCUGUUGACCACCUGGGUGGGGGUGGAGAGUCCAUGUAG